AUGUGCGCCCGCAUCCCGCGUGCGACGCUCACUGUCUUCACAUUGACGGAGGAGAUGGGGGGUAUGCAGGAUGAUAUUAGCGACGAAGACGUAGAUCGCCUCGACAUCCGCUCCCUGCUUGGUUUUUGCAACCUCGUGGAGCUGCGCGUCAAUGUCGUAUCCCCUCCGGACCUCACCGACGCCGAGUUCCGCUCGCUCGCGCAGGCCUGGCCCCGUCUGCGCGUCCUCAGCGUCCUCUCUCGUCGCCGGUGGGAUUCCCGAGGGCGCACCCCAAGCGCAACUCUCCUGACCUUUGUGUCGUUCGCAGAGCUCUGUCCGCACCUAAAGCGCAUAGAGAUAGUUGUCGAUGCGCGCCUCCCAAAACGCUUCUCCGGCAAGCCAGGACGCGGCGCGGCGUGCCACGCGCUCAGGCAGCUGCACGUUGGAGCCUCGCCCAUCGACAAUGCAACGUUAGUCGCGGCGUUCUUGUCUGAUAUAUUUCCGCCGCUGGGCUGCGUUGAGAUGGAGACCAAGCCGUUGGUGGGAGGAAAGCUGGUCGAGGAGACAAGACAGAGGCGUUGGAGCGAGGUGAAGAAGUUGUUGCCGACGUUCAACGCAAUACGGCUGGCUGAGCGGACGUAUGUGGCGGCUAACGAGUGGCAAAUGGGAAUGCGGCACUUGGAGGUAUUGGGAAGUGCGCCUGAAGAUGGGGACUCUUCAUCGGAAGGCUCAUCUGAAGGGGAUACCUCUGACUCGUCGAUCGCCGAGAGCGAUUCGGAUUGGUGA